AUGGGCCCGGCAGCAGGGAAAUUGUAUUUGGAGUGGGCCCGUUUUGGAUGUUUCUACAAGCCCCAGCCAUUGGACCUAAUCCGCAAUUACUUUGGCGAGGAAGUUGGCUUUUACUUCACCUGGCUGGGCUUCUACACCAAAAUGCUCCUUAUAGCAGCCAUCCCCGGUGUCAUCUGUUUUCUCUACGGCAUUACCACUAUCAGUCUCCAGAAUAACAUUCCCAGCCAAGAUAUCUGCGAUGAGAAUGGACCCGGGAACUUCACCAUGUGCCCAGUAUGCGAUCAUGUCUGUCCGUUUAAGAAACUCAAGGAAAGUUGUUUCUAUUCCAAGAUCACGUUCGUUUUCGACCACGAAGCCACUAUGAUCUUCUCCGUCAUCAUGUCUGUCUGGGCCACGAUGUUCCUGAAGUUCUGGAAGCGGAAGCAAGCUGUUCUCGAUUGGAACUGGGAUAUUGAGCAUUUGAAGGAUGAGGAGGAACCUAGACCAGAAUACAAAGCCAAGGCGAAGGAGAUCAGAAAGGAGAUGUAUCACGAGGAGCCGUACAUUCCUGGUUGGCAUAGGUGUGGGAAAUUCAGCAUCACCGCCAGUCUUAUCUUCAUCUUGCUGCUCCUGGUGAUGGGGGCCGUAUUUGGAAUGGUCGUGUAUCGCAUUACCAUAAUCGCUGCCCUCAAUACAUGCCGCAUUUACGAGAUCAAGACACAUCCAAGGAUUUUUGCUUCCUUCUCGGCCGCCAUUAUGAACCUGAUUGUCAUCCAAUUCUUCAACUGGGGUCAGUUGUACUCGCACCCGGGGGAAAAGGAAGCACGCCAGAGCUUCAGAUACGACCCUUGUGGACCAGUAGGAUGCCUCCUAGAGCUGAGCAUUCAGCUCUUUGUCUUCAUAGUUAUCAAGCAAAUUUUCCAAAUUAUGUGGGGACUGAUUGCACCGGAAGAAUCAGAGCAGGCGGUUCUACUAACGUGGCCACGUAAGAACGGUGCCCAGCGCAUUGGAGCAAGAGGUGUUCGGGAGGAGGCUGUGCAGAAGACGUAA